UCUAUCGCUUCAUUGAAUUAUUUUUUCAUGCAUGUAUGUACGACGAUCGCGCGUAAAUGCAGCACGGCCGUUUUGCGCGCGCUUUGUAGUUUCGGCGAUCGAUACUUGACGUGAGUGUGUUUACGUCGUGCACGCCUUGUCUUGCGCGCGAAGACUGGGUGCUCGAGGAGGUUAAGAAACGCAGCUCGCUCGCGUCUUCACGAGCGACGUUCUCGCUUUGUUCCGAAUGAGCGCGGGCGUACGAUCAUGGCAACGAUAGAGGUUACGUUCCCGUCAGACGGACCGCCCGGGAAAAUACUGAAAUGGAGGAUACGCACGGACACGAUGGUCGCGGCGGGCAGGGUGCUCCUGUUGUAUCAAGACACGACCGAGGAGGACACCAGGGAGCCUGAAAAGAAACUGCGAGCCACGAAUUUCGGUCGUGUCAAGCAGGUCUUGGUCAAGGAAGGUGACGUCGUCCAGCCUGGGCAGGUGAUAGCUCUGCUGGAGGGAUGCACGCAUCCUACUGUGAUGAUAGACCUGUGUGCGGAAUGUGGAGCAGACCUGAGAGUACAGGAGACUGGCAAGGAUGGUAACACAGCUGGACUGUCGCAGGCUAGUGUGUCUAUGGUGCACAGUGUACCAGAGCUAAAAGUGUGUCCGGAGUUGGCUGAGAAAAUUGGAAAGGAGGACGAGCAGCGUCUCUUGAAGGAUCGCAAGUUGGUUCUCCUUGUGGACCUCGAUCAAACGAUAGUCCAUACUACAAACGACAAUAUUCCCGCUAACCUGAAGGACGUUUAUCAUUUCCAAUUGUAUGGACCAAACUCCCCGUGGUACCAUACCAGAUUAAGACCAAAUACCAGGCACUUCCUCUCGGAGAUGAGUCGCCUAUACGAGCUGCAUAUUUGUACCUUUGGAGCAAGAAUUUAUGCUCACACCGUUGCGUCGUUGUUGGACAAGGAUGGAAUCCUGUUCUCUCACAGGAUACUUUCGCGGGACGAGUGUUUUGAUCCGGCAUCGAAAACCGCAAAUCUCAAAGCUCUGUUUCCAUGCGGAGACGACUUGGUGUGCAUCAUAGAUGAUAGGGAAGACGUGUGGCAAGGAUGUGGAAACCUGGUUCAAGUCAAGCCGUAUCACUUUUUCCGACAUACCGGCGACAUUAACGCGCCGCCCGGUUUGGAAAAGGGUAACACGUCGCCCGCGGCUGAGGCGCCGAUAAAUAAACCGUGCGUGAAUGACUCGCAGGAUAAAGAUAGCAAGAACGGCGUGUCCGAGUCCUUGAGUGAAAUCGAGCAGUUGUUGCCGGGCGAUCUGUCGAAGGAAAGUGAUCCUGAAGAGAAAAAUGAGAAAGAGGAGAAAAAUGAGGAAGAUGAAAAGAGCGAAAAGACUGAGACUGAAACGAACGAAACGAAGAACGAAGAUACCAAAGCGAAUGUUAAAGAGAACGUUAAGGAGAACGUUAAAGAGAACGCAAAUUCCUCUAACAUACAACUAGACACGACAGAUAAAGAUGAAGAUAAAGACGAAACGAGCACGGAGGUAACAGAAGUCGUUUCGAAAUCUGCGAAAACGGAGAAAGACAAGCAAGAGAAGCAAGGGACGCUCAAGCAGGACAGUAACAUAGUCGACGAAGAUGACGAUGAUUAUUUGUUAUAUUUGGAGGAUAUUCUUCGAAGGAUUCACACAGAAUUUUAUGCUACACUGGACCAAGGGAACGGCCGGAAAUCCUUGCGGAACAUAAUCCCGCGAGUGCGCUCGCAAGUGCUGAAGGACUUGUGCUUGACGUUCAGCGGGCUGAUACCGACUCAUCAGAAGCUUCAUCAGAGCCGUGCGUACAAGGUCGCGCGAGCGUUCGGCGCGGAAGUGACCCAAGACCUGACGGAGAAGACUACGCACUUGGUCGCAAUCAGGAAAGGCACGGCGAAGGCAAACGCGGCGAGGAAAGACGCGAACAUCAAGAUCGUCAAUCCGGAAUGGCUGUGGACGUGCGCGGAACGCUGGGAACACGUGGACGAGCGUCUGUUUCCCCUCACGUCGCAGGCCCGCGGAUCGAGGGUACCACCGCCGCACUGCAGCAGUCCCGAGCGCGCUGAGGACGUAGACAACGAGGGCGCGAACUCGUUCGCGAACUCGAUCAAUCCACUGAUGUCGUUUACGCAGGAAGAGAUUGAAUUCAUGGACAAGGAGGUGGACGAGGACAUGAAGGAGCAGGACGCGGUUUUCGAUGAAGCGGAGAGCGCGGAUGACGCGGAGGAGUGCAACAGGAAGAUACGCCGUCGCAGCUCCGACUCCGACGAUUCCGCGAUGGACGAAUCUGGCGCACCGAAAAAGAAAAGGAUGAAGAUUUAUGACAUGUAUGAGAGUUCUUCAGAGGACAAAUAUGAAAAUCGUUAUAACGAGGACGAAGAUGAUGACGAUGACGAUAAUGGCAAUAGGAACGACGAUGACGAGGAGGAGGAUGAUGAUGACGACGACGAUAUUGCCGCACGUUUCCGAAGAGGAGAAGAUUUGCCCGAUGAUUUAGAUUUAGAUCUAGAUGAUAAUUCGCAUGAUUCAAUAGGCGAUGAUGAGGAUAACGAAGACGAUCGGGAGUGGAACGCGCUUGGUGCUGCACUUGAAAGAGAGUUUCUUUCGGAGUGAUAUAUCUGAAUGUUAGUAUUCUGGUUAUCGGACGAUUCACUCAGGAUGUUUUGCGUUAUUCGUAAAUUUUCAAGUUCGAUAGUCAAGCCAGGGUUAUAAUAACUAUUAAAUUAUUUGUAUAUUCUGGUACAGAGUAAAAUAUAAGUCGAGGCGAAAUUAAACUACAGAACUGACUGAGAACAGAGAGAAAAAGGAGAAAUGAACGUGGAAAAAUAGCCUCUUUAUCUUGAGUACUAGUUUCACUGAAUUUCCGAAUUCUUCACGUGUACACAAAUAAUGUACGUGAUCAAUCAUUGUUCUUGCGUAAAAGGGGAAAAAGAUCCGCCACUUGAAGUAAUGAUUUGCGAUGAAUGGCAGCGGUUGUAGCAUUGUGAAUAAUAGAUGCGCCAUUCGAAAAUGUGAGAUCCUCUCGCACAAAAGGAAACGUGUGGAAAACCAAUUCGAAGUACAUACUAGAGAACAAAGCUUAUUUUCUCUAAUAUUUUUAGAGCUAUUAUAUAUAAUACGUGAAUGUUGACGACUGUGUAAGUUUUGUAUUAAAUUCUUAGGCUGUAUUAGAAAAUUGGAAAAUAAAAACUUGUAGUGC